GGGAGGCGGGGCUUGUAGAUUUCGGCCACCGUCUUGUGGUAUUAGUGAAACGUCUGCUGAGUUAGAAGGCGAAACAUGGCGGAGAGCGACUGGGACACCGUGACCGUGCUCAGGAAGAAGGGCCCGACCGCAGCGCAGGCCAAGUCCAAACAGGCAGUGACUGCAGCUCAGAGAAGAGGAGAAGAGCUGGAGACGUCCAAAAAAUGGUCUGCCGGACAGAACAAGCAGCACGUCAUCACAAAGAACACAGCCAAGCUGGACAGAGAGACCGAAGAGCUGCAUCACGACAGGGUGCCGCUAGAGGUGGGCAAAGUCAUCCAGCAGGGCCGACAAUCCAGGGGCUUCACUCAGAAGGACCUGGCCACGAAAAUAAAUGAAAAACCACAAGUGAUUGCCGAUUAUGAAAGUGGAAAAGCGAUUCCAAGCAACCAAGUCAUGGGGAAGAUUGAGAGAGCGAUUGGUCUCAAGCUGCGUGGAAGGGAUAUUGGAAAACCACUCGAAGCGGUCCCCAAAACCAAAUGAAAACAAAGCCUCGAAAUCGGUGCGCCCCAGCUGAUCUCGACCAGUCUCUCCCGAGCAGACUGGCUCUUUAUAUUGCCAAGCAGAACACGUGGGGGUUAUUGGACUCUCCUCUAGAUGGGACAGAAUGAAGUCUUCUUACCUGCUGUAAAAUAAGAAUUAGCGCGUUUCUUCCAGAUCCACCAAACCUGAACUGCAAGGUUCCUGCCGAGGGCGGCACUUUCUCAGCUGGGACUGGAUGGCUAGCAGUUAGUUUUGGGGGGUUAUCUUUAUUUGGUUUACCCCCACAUGCAGGUGGGUUGCUUUUCUUUUUUUUAUUAUUUCUGCAGCCGGGAGGCGCUGUUUCACUGUUUAUAUUACGUCGCCCAUCCUUUCUUGUAUGUAAUUGUAAAAUAAAAUUAUCUGCCUUCACCGAAA